AUAAAAUAUAAGAAAUAUAUGUACCAAAUCGUAAUUUGCCAUUUGGAUCCAUGGAUUGAUCCAUGAAUCCACCUAUCCAAUUGGAUUUGGAUCAAAUGGAUUGGAUUUAAAUGGAUUGGAUUAAGUGGAUAAUUUGGUGGAUGGAUUGGAUUGGAUUCAUGGAUUUGGAUCCUAAUUGCCACCUCUACUUUAUAACAAUCUCCUCUGUCAACAUGUUCCCGACCUGUAUCCUGUAUAGAACCGUAUCAAUCCUUAUAUUCUAGAAUGCGAUUUUCUUGCCAUAAAACAUUAGCACAGAAAAAAAAAAAUUGAAAUGAACUUUUCUUCUUCCGCAUUCCGGGCUCACAUAUUCUAAAUCUUCACCUUCACAACAUAGAAAAAACUUUCCAGACAUGCUGCAAGUUCAAGCAGAGAGGGCGAUACUCGAUGAACUUACAUCGCUUAAAGAAUUACGUUUUAGGGAUUACAUUAAUUAAACUAUUAUGUUCUUGAUUUUAAAGUAUUUUGUUAGUUGUAUGAUUAACAGGACAAAUCAUCUAGUGGUUCGUAACAUCCAGAGUUUUGUCAUACUAAUUUGAUGGAUUUUGAUUGUCUCUAAAUAUUUUUGUCUAGUAUUUUAAACUUUGUAUAUAUUAUUUUUAGAUUUUAUUGACAAUCAUUUUUGUUUAUCCAUAUAUGACAAAACGAAAGGUGAAAAAUAAAUGUGUUUUGAUUUUGUAUAACCAGGCAUUUUGGCAACAAGAUUCGAUUUAAACGAAGUUGAGGGAAUGGAGUAUGGACUUUAACUUGUUACUGUGCAAUGUGCAUAGAUUAGCACCAAGGUUCUUCCUUCGCCAAUAAAACGGAACAUUUCCUUCCUCUAAGCGAGCUCAUUCCUAGUUCGAAAGGUUACACAGCUUUAUCCGCUCCGGAUGUUAUCCCACCUCGCAACGAAUUCCAGAAAACCCUAAUUGAGAGCUGAUUUCUGGAUUCUUUGGUUGCCAAAUGAGUAGAAGUUAGUUGCAGACAUUAUCUUCCUUCCCCUCGGGAACGGUUGGAUAUGUGUUGGCGGUCAUAGAAGUUGCAGACGGAAAAAUGACCAGCAUUGACACCCUCUUCUCUUCUUCCAGGGUUUAUCUCCCUAAACCCUGCAGGGCUUCCUUCCAAUGCAAUCGGAAGCUCCGACAAAGAACGCCUUCUUUUCUUCACCGAUCAUUUACAGUUCUCUGCGCGGCGAAUUCAAGCUCCUCCAAUUCCCAGCCCGGUGAGACUGACAAAAGGGAUGAUUUUGUGACGAGGGUUCUGAAGCAAAAUCCCAGCCAAAUUGAACCCAGGUACCGAAUUGGCGAUAAGUUCUAUUCUUCAACAGAGAAAGAGAAUUUGAGCAAGAGCCAGAACUCGGGUAUUUUGGAGCUGUUGGCAAAGGUGUUCAAUUCCAAAGCGGGGAAGCCGACUGAAGGGACGAAUGAGAGUCAUAAUGGGGGUAAAGAUGUGUACUUGAAGGAUAUUUUGCGGGAGUAUAAGGGGAAGCUUUAUGUGCCUGAGCAGAUUUUUGGGGCCGAGUUGUCCGAGGAAGAAGAGUUCAAUAAGAAUGUAGAGGAGUUGCCCAGAAUGAGCUUGGAGGAGUUCAGGAAAGCGAAGCAGAGUGACAAGGUUAAAUUGGUGACGUCGAAGGAAGGGACUGGUGUGAGUUCUGGAAAUGUUUAUAGGGACUUCGUUGUGGACUUGAAAGAGAUACCGGGAGAGAAAAGCUUGCACAGAACUAAAUGGGCACUGAGGCUAUCUGAGGAUGAGAGUCAAACAGUUUUGGAUGAGUAUUCAGGUCCAGUUUACGAAGUAGACAGGCAUUUAACGUCUUCUGUUGGAAAGUUGACAGAGUUUCCUCAUCCUGUAGCCUCUUCUAUAUCUAGCAGAAUGAUGGUGGAGCUAGGGAUGGUGACAGCUGUCAUUGCAGCAGCAGCAGCUGUUGUAGGGGGGUUCCUAGCUUCUGCUGUAUUUGCUGUUACCAGUUUCGUCUUUGUAACCACUGUAUAUGUGGCUUGGCCUAUUGUUAGACCUUUUCUUAAGCUGUUUAUUGGCAUCGUCUUUGGUAUUUGUGAGAGGCUUUGGGAUAAUUUUGUUGAUGUUUUCUAUGAUGGAGGGGUCUUCUCUAAGCUGUAUGAGCUUUAUACUUUCGGUGGUAUAUCUGCCAGCAUUCAAAUGCUGAAGCCGAUUUUGCUUGUGGUCUUGACCAUGGUUCUUCUGGUCCGCUUUACCCUUUCAAGACGACCUAAGAAUUUCAGGAAGUGGGAUUUGUGGCAAGGAAUUGACUUUUCACGAUCUAAAGCUGAAGCUCGUGUUGAUGGUUCAACAGGAGUCAAAUUUGGUGAUGUUGCAGGGAUUGAUGAAGCAGUGGAGGAACUUCAAGAGUUGGUAAGGUACUUGAAGAACCCUGAACUUUUUGAUAAAAUGGGCAUCAAGCCUCCACAUGGGGUGCUUUUGGAAGGACCUCCAGGAUGUGGGAAGACUCUAGUUGCCAAGGCCAUAGCUGGUGAAGCUGGUGUUCCGUUUUACCAAAUGGCUGGAUCUGAAUUUGUUGAAGUUUUAGUUGGUGUUGGUUCUGCUCGUAUCAGAGAUCUUUUUAAGAGAGCCAAGGUAAAUAAACCCUCGGUUAUAUUCAUUGAUGAAAUCGAUGCAUUGGCAACUAGGCGUCAAGGGAUCUUUAAGGAGUCCAGUGACCACCUCUAUAAUGCUGCCACUCAAGAGAGGGAAACUACUCUUAACCAACUGUUGAUAGAGCUUGAUGGAUUUGACACUGGCAAAGGGGUGAUUUUCUUGGGAGCUACAAAUCGGAGGGACUUACUAGAUCCAGCACUUCUUCGGCCUGGUCGGUUUGAUCGAAAGAUAAAAGUUCGUCCUCCAAAUUCUAAAGGGAGAUUGGAAAUUUUGAAAAUCCAUUCGAGCAAAGUGAAAAUGUCGGAGUUCGUUGAUUUGACUACUUAUGCCAAGAACUUACCUGGGUGGAGUGGAGCGAAGCUAGCUCAGCUGGUACAAGAGGCAGCUCUGGUGGCAGUCAGACAAGGCCAUACAUCAGUUAUCCAAUCAGACAUGGACGAAGCAGUUGAUCGACUUACUGUUGGACCAAAGCGUGUUGGAAUAGAUUUGGAUCACCAGGGUCAAUGCCGUAGAGCUACCACUGAAGUCGGUGUUGCAAUAACUGCUCAUUUGCUCAGGCGAUAUGAGCAUGCACAAGUUGAAUUCUGUGAUCGUAUUUCAAUUGUCCCCCGUGGUCAGACAUUAUCACAACUUGUGUUUCAUAGGCUUGAUGACGAAGCAUACAUAUUUGAACGGCGGCCACAAUUGCUGCACCGUCUCCAGGUGCUUCUUGGGGGAAGGGCAGCCGAAGAGGUCAUUUAUGGCAGAGAUACAUCAAGGACAUCUGUUUCUUACCUUGCAGAUGCAUCCUGGCUAGCUCGCAAGAUCAUUUCCAUAUGGAACUUGGAAAACCCGAUGGUGAUCCACGGAGAACCGCCAGCAUGGAGAAAGAAAUCCAGAUUCGUGGGACCACGAUUGGACUUUGAAGGUUCACUUUAUGAUGACUAUGACCUGAUCGAACGCCCUAUCAACUUCAAUUUGGAUGAUCAAGUUGCACAGAGGACCGAGGAGUUGAUACGCGAUAUGUAUGCCAGGACAAUCUCACUGCUGAGGCGCCACCAUGCUGCUUUGCUGAAAGCCGUUAAGGUUCUGCUUAACCAUAAGGAGAUCAGUGGGGAUGCAAUCGAGUACAUCUUAGACAAUUACCCUCCGCAAACACGGCUGAAUCUUCUGCUGGAAGAGGAGAAUCCAGGUAGCCUUCCAUUCUUGGAAGAGAAACUAGAACGUGAGCUGGAGGAGGAUUAUGCUCUGCUAGCUCCAUCAGAAACCAAAAUCCAGUGACUGCACAUUUUUUCUGCAUCGCAUUACACCGAUGAAACUCGCCCCCCCUCAGCCGUGUUCCUGAACUAUGGUGGGGUUGUAUUGUAUGAAGUUUUUGCUGCUUCAGAAAAGAUAGGUUUUUGUCCUGUCAUUUGAUCAAAGUAUUAACUGUCCUGAGACUGUAGAACUAAUGCAGAAUAGAAAAGCUGUUCAUUU